CUUCACUUCCUGUUUACGUUUUACAUGUGACGUCACCCAUAUGUAUCGUAGCUCUCAGGCGGACCAUCAGAGGAACUUGAGACUAAACUCCAGGUCAGAGACCCCGGACGGCGGCAGCAGGCGAUCCCCAUCCCCACGGUCAGACCGACGGCCCCCCACGGUCAGACCGACGGCUGGUGGUUCUCCCGCGGACCUUUAAACCCACCGGCGGCUCAGUGACGCUCACAGUGCUUAGCUCGUUAGCUAGCUCCGACUAGUGCUUAACUAGCAGCUGGGACGUCGCUGACCAUGGAGAACCAGUACAACCUCAAGAGUCCAGCGGUGAAGCGGUUGAUGAAGGAGGCUGCAGAGCUCUGUGACCCCACGGAGCACUACCACGCCCAACCGCUGGAGGACAACCUGUUUGAGUGGCACUUCUCGGUGCGUGGCCCCCCCGACUCGGACUUCGACGGCGGGGUCUACCACGGCCGGAUCGUCCUGCCCCCGGAGUACCCCAUGAAGCCCCCCAGCAUCAUCCUGCUGACCCCCAAUGGGAGGUUCGAGGUGGGGAAGAAGAUCUGCCUGAGCAUCUCCGGCCACCACCCAGAGACCUGGCAGCCGUCCUGGAGCAUCCGGACGGCCCUCAUCGCCAUCAUCGGCUUCAUGCCCACCAAGGGGGAGGGCGCCAUCGGGUCCCUGGACUACACCCCAGAGGAGCGUCGAAGCCUGGCCAAAAAGUCUCAGGACUUCCGCUGCGAGGCGUGUGAGUGCUCCAUGCGCACGGCGCUGCUGCCCCCCUCCCCCGACAGAGACCCCCGCCCAGAGGACAGCGAGGCCCAGGAGCUGGCCCAGCAGAUCAGCUUCAAGGCUGACUCCAGACAGGCCAGUGAGAGUGGGGGGGCCACCAGCGACCCCCCCGCCCCCGGCCCAGCAGAGGGCUCCUCCCCCGGGGAGCGGGACAGCUCUGAGGACCCCCUUGAGGACCACGAGGACCAGGUGGAGGGCUCCUCCCCCUCUCCCCCCCCCCCUGCGGGCCGGCCCCUCAGCCCCCGUCAGCGCCGCGCCCACCAGGCCCGCCAGCGAAGGGAGCCCCCGCCCCCCCCCCACCCCGAGGCGGCCCGCCGGACCCUGGCGGGGGCAGGGCCUGAGGGGCGGGGCCAGGCGGGCACGGCGGUCCUCAUUCUGGUCCUCACGCUGGCUCUCGCCGCCCUCAUCUUCCGCCGCCUCUACCAGCAGGAGUACAAGCUGGACUACCAGCUGUGACACCCCCCCCCCCCCCCCACGGGUCAUGGGACCCCCCCCACCCCUCCAGGGUCAUGUGCCCCCCCCCCCCAUCCCAGGUCAUGGGACCCCCAACCUCCCCCCUCUCCCAGGUCAUGUGACCCCCCCCACCCAGGUCAUGUGACCGCCCCCCCCGUACCGCCCACCCAGGUCAUGUGACCCCCCCCCCAGGUCAUGUGACCCCCCUUGACUGAACCUGGUGUAGUAAUACGGAGGGUGGGGGUAUGGAGAGUGGAGCGCUACUGGGAGCCUACGGGGGGGGGGGCUCCCCUCAUUCCUUAGAGAGGGGGGGUCCUGGGGGGACAACGUCCUCUCUCUCUCUCUCUCUCUCUCUCUCUCUCUCAUAUUAAAGGUCUUAUAACAUGUAAAGUGAGUGAUGAAUAAAAAGUGGAUUUUAA